AUGGAAUUUCUUUCAUUCUUAUUCUUGUUUUCUCUUUGCUAUUCUUAUCUUUUUCUCCUUUUUUUUGUUUUUUUCUUCUUUUUGCUUUCCUGUUUCAUUCUUUUAUCCUUCUUUUCGAUUCUUUUAUUGUCUGUUCGUUUCUUUUUCUCCUUAUUCUUGUUUUGUUUCCGUCAGUCGUAUUCGUCUGCUUCUUUCAUUUUUCUGUUUCUUUUUUUUUUUGCUUCUUUUCACUUUUCCUUCAUCUUUUGCCUUUUUCAUUCUUUUGUUUCUUUCAUUGUUAUUUCUUUUAUUCUUCUUUGCGACUCUUUCAUAGUCUGUUUCCAUUUUCUUCAUUCUUUUUUUGUUUGUUUCCGUCAUUCUUAUUUCUAUGUUGCUUUCAUUUUUCUGUUUCCUUUCUUCUUUGCUUCCUUUUACUUUUCAUUCAUUUUUUUGCCUCUUUCAUUCUUUUGUUUCUUUCAUUAUUAUUUCUUUUAUUCUUCUUUUCGAUUCUUCUCCAACUGUUGUCAUUCUUACACUUCUUUCACUAAGCGUUCCUCUUAUUUGCUGCUUCAUUCCUUUAUUUCUUCAUUUCUUUUAUCCGAAUUCUUUCUCAAGUAUAUUAGCGUCUAG